AUGGUAGAAGACACCGAAAUGAGGAUCAAAGGAAGCAGAAAAGGCAAGAACACCCAGGUUUGGGUCAACAAUGAUGCCACGAAUGAGAACAAGCCAGAGGCCAUUGACAAUGAAGCUGACAAAGACACCAAUUCCAACUCCAACUUCAAUGAUGGUGACAAGCGAUAUAACUUUCACACCCUAGCAAAGCUCCUCAAACCUGUGCCAAAGCUCAUAGAAUACAAUGUAAAUUACCUUGUUCUAGAUGUAAUCAAGGAGUACCUUACUUUCAAUCAAGUAUGGAGAAAGAUCGAAAAUGGUCUCAUGAAUGAAGCCACCAAGAUGUCUCACAGACUUGUGCUCAUCUCACAGCUCAAUGAUAUAAAAAUGUUUCACUCAGAUGCCAGAAAGCUAAUUCAAGAGAUCUGGUCCAUACAGACUGAAAGUAGCCUCCUUGGCAAACCAUUUGCUGAUGAUACAUUGUUCUUGGCUCUGCAGAAAUGCACGAUCCAGCAUCUGGUGUAUAAGGAGAUGGUUGCCACCAUCCAUCAAAUUGAUUUCAACACCCUUGCCACCACACUAAGCAUCUGGCAGACUGCUGUCGAGAGUGUCCCCAUGCAAAAGAUCGACCCCUGA